AUGUCUUACUCCGAGGGCAAUCCAAAGUAUGCUCUCACGUGCUCUUACUUGUCAUUCAAGGAGCCCUGUGGAAUGGCCCUCAUUGUACCUAUUGCAAAUCCACCCGGAACUGUACCUGUUCCUCCCCGAAGAUCUGGUUUGAAGGCCAGAAAUCUGAUUUUUCGGGACUUGAGUGAUUUUGGGUCUAGGAGCUCUCGCUCUGGUAGCCAAGAGUUUAGACCAAGAAGUCCUGAUGCUGUGGAUGGCUCUGUUAAGGACCCAGCCGGAGACGGACCACUCCGGAGUCGCACGGAUCUGAUCGGACCCGGUCAGAGAUGGACCCCUCCGGAGUGGUAUGCUUCUAUGCGGACCCAGCCGGAGAAUCUCCAUCAGACCCAGCUGGAGAUCGCCACACUCAACAAGUCUCCGAUAAUUCCUGCCCAACAUUUUGAACACGCUUUUGUAAACUGGGUGAAGAACGAAAACUUUGCCUACACCUUCACAGACGAGGAUAUCGAAGCUCGACGCUGGGUUUUGAAACAUGAUGGGGCCUCACCCCCUCACUUCCAAGCACCACAUAACUCCUGGCUUACAAAGGUCCGGAAACAACAUCGUCUUGGGGAGAAUGGGGAAGAAGUCCUCUAUCGACCUUCUCCUGAAGGUGAUCAAUGGUACAAGCUUGUUCCUAUCUCACAAGUUCUCACAGUCAUCAAACGAGUACAUUGUUUACAAACCGCCCACUCAGGACAGAACAAGACUCAUGAAGAGAUUGCUAGGUACUACCGUGGUGUAGGGAAGAAGGAAGUGGUGAAAGCAAUUAAAUCGUGCAAUAUCUGCAUGCUGAAGAUCCUGGUCAAAUCCAACCCAUCACGUCCAGCUUUCCCUUUGAGCGUAUCCAAAUCGAUCUUGUUGAUAUGCGCGCAAUGGAGUGUAAAGUCGGAACAGAAACAAUGCGCUGGAUAUGCCAUAUUAAGGACCAUUUUACAAAGUAUUCACAGAUGGGCCGAUGGACUCCCACAUGUAAUCCGCUCCAUCAAUUUCACAAGACACAGUGCUACACUACACACACCUUAUCGUGCUGUUUUUGGGCGUAAACCCCGUGAAAUUGAUAUGUGGGACACUCUAGAAGGGCGAGACAUUGUGGAAGAGGUUAGGUUGGAUGAUGGCAGGACAGCAAUUGAGGAUGACGAAGAGGAUAAUGAAGGGACACCACUCCCUUUUCGUUGGGAAGAUCAGGAGGAUGAGACGGAAACACCACAGGAAGGGCAAGGAUCUAAUCCGCAGACCACGCUUGAAACAACUCCUCUACAGUCUCCUGCUGAGCCUUCGUCUACCAACCCGGUUCAACAGCUCAUUAUGGAGGAUGAACAUGCACGUCGGAAUCCAACAGCAAGUGACCACAUCAUCACAAAGAUGCGAGAACGACAAGCUCUCUGUCGAGCCAAAAUGGUGGAGCAACAUGGACGCAAUCAGAAGAACUGGACCUACAAAACCGGCGAUAAAGUCACACUGUUUGUUCCUCCUCAAGAUCGGCCAGGUGCUCCUGCUAGUCGUAUUCCUUGUGUGAUACCGGUUUCUCUACAUCUGGGAUGGUCAAAAUGGAACACUUUCCCACAAGUUACAUUGAGAGAAGCAGCAUAUAAAAUUUUUGAUAUCAAGAAGGUAGAAGUGCAUUGCCGCUGUAAAGGGGAAUGUACCACAAAUCGAUGUCGGUGUAGACAAAAGAAUGUCAAGUGCGAAAAAGAAGAGAAGGAGGACAGAGAAGAAGCAGGUGAUCGGUCAACUACCACUUCCAUGACUGCUCCCUCCUAUACACAAGCUGCUCCAAGCUUGGACAAUGACACAAGUUCAGAAAGCGACACUUCGGUACAAAGAAGAGAACAUCGACGGGCGAAUACCCCGUGGCCAGCUAACGAUCAUUCCCUUGAGUCCUGGAGUGACUAUGACGAAGAUGGUGUUCCCUCUUCCUUCUGGCAUGGUCGCUCACCACUUGAUGAAUUCCCCAACUACAUCGCAACACCCGACGAGCUUUGGAGGGAGGAGUCUUGGGAAAUUGAUGGGCAGGUUUGGUCCUUACCUCGACCGCUUCUCCGACUCGCUAGGAAAUACAAGAUAUGGCUUUGGCAUGAACUUGCUACCAUGAUCAUGAGUAAACGGAGAGGUCUCAAUCAGUCUGGGUUUAUGCAAGAGGCGGCAGAACAGAAAGAACGUGUGAAACGGAUCCUACAGGCUCGAGAGGUAUUCAAGGAGAAGUAUGGAGCUGAGCUACAAUUUGACAGUAAUCAUGUCUUUGGUCGGAUAUGGAUGCAAGCGCUGCUUCCAACUUCCUGGUGGAUUGUCGAAUGUGGCGGCGCCUCUCUUUCAAGUGGAGACACGACAUUGAUAGCACUUGAAUACAUCACCAUUGAUACCGGAGAGGUGCCUACGGACAUGUGUCCUCCGUUCCGUGCGCAGCAUUCAAAAGUGAGGGCGACUGAGCCCGAAGAAGCAGGUGGAGGACGAGUGUCAGGCAGCAUGGAAUCGGUACUCCAGCAAUAUCCACGUUCAUCCGCAAAACGUAUUUGCAGAAAACCAAUGGACCUGGCAAGUCAGCUGAGUAAUGGACAGGAAUCAUCAUCGAGAUUACAAAAUACUAUGAACAAUGACAAUCAUAAUGCCCACGGAAUGGACAAUGGCUCAUUUUAUCUCGUUCACCCCCGUAGAGCACAGUUCACAAGUGCUCUCGAUAAUCAGGGUGUAAAAGCUGCAUAUGUUGAAUUAGCUCAUCAGAGCCUGAUCACCUUGAUAUUGGCUAACCAGAUGGCAGGACUUUGGGUAACAAAGGCAGCUUUCCCUCCACAUAUUCGGUGUAUCCUUCACGAUCUGGUAAACCGCAGCAUGGCUAUAGAGGAAUUUAUCUUUGUCACCGCAGGGACCACAAAACGUUGGCCUACCGGAGGCAUGUGGGUUCCCAUGUUACAAGAGAGGACAUGGCAAUACGCACCGACCGAAUCAUGGGAAUCUGACAUUGACGAAUUGAAGAAAGAGACGAUACCCCCCUUUGCCUCCAUCAUUGAGGAAGAAAAGAGGCGCUUAGAAGAAGGAUUCAGGCUUUUCCGGAAGAAUCACUUCCUGGGAGUUGAAAGGACAGAAAAUUACUUGUAUGAAAACUUUCCUGAACUGCCAAAGAUAGACCCCAUUGAUUCUGCAAACUUUGACAGUACUUUAGUCACACAUCCUAGUUGGACUGAACUUCCCUUCCAGUUUCCUCUCCUACAACCCUAA